AUGUAUGGGUUGCCGGGUCGGUUUAUUGAGCUCAACCUGCUACAAGAACAUUCAAAUUUUUGGCUGGAAGAAAUUGUUCAGCAUAAAAGAAAGGAGUUUGAUGACCCUUACUAUUGUUGGGUGAUCUCCAUGCAUGUGCUGUUCUUCCUGCACUUGAAAGAGGAGAUGGAGGGCAUGGUAUUGUUGCAACCUUGGACAAAAAGCCAUGGCACCCGGGGGGACAAGAAUGAAUUGCAAGUAAUAAUGAAAAAGCUGUGGAAGGAAGAGGUACACAGGCGCAGACCAGGUCAAGAUCUAGGAUUUUUGGCACAAGAUGAUUUUGAUGUGGGUUUGGACUUGAUGCAGAAUGGGAAGCUGCAAAACUUGAUUACAAGAACAACACAAAUACAAGAAAGUAGUACUGAUUUGAUGGCCCUUGUACCAAUGGGUGGAGGCAAAAUGGGAUACAUAUUUAUGUACAUGCUAAUCAUAUCCGCCCUUGCCAAUAUUCCAACUUUGUGCCAGCCUAAGGAAAUUGUACCAAAAGACCCAGCUAUGGUGGCCAUUUUUCCAACCAAUGGCCUAGAGGAGGUGGUGGAACUUGAGUUUCAAAAAUAUGGCCUAAAUGCCAUAGCCAUCAACUCAUAUACCAUAUGA